GUCAACAAAAAUGUCGGUCAACUACGCUUCAGGUUUAUCAGACUAUCCAAAUAAAGGAAAAUGCGGCCUUCCCGAGCGUUUUGAUUCUAGCGACGAUUUGGACUCCAAAGUUUCCCUUCUCGUCGACUUGCUUCGAACUUCCAAACAUGCUAUCGUUCAUACAGGWGCCGGCAUUAGUACUUCUUCUGGUAUUCCAGACUUUCGAGGGCCUAACGGAGUGUGGACAUUGGAAGAAAAAGGGUUAGCUCCCAAUUUCGAUGUUUCUUUUGAUAGCGCAGCGCCUUCAUUAACUCACAUGGCUUUAAUAAAGUUGGAAGAAGUCGGUCUCGUAAAGUACAUUGUGAGUCAAAAUGUUGAUGGCCUUCACUUGAAGUCUGGAUUCCCUAGAUCUAAACUUUCUGAGCUGCAUGGUAACAUGUUUGUCGAUAAAUGCGAUAAAUGUGGUAAAGAAUACAUUAGAAAGACAGCUACGACAUCAGUUGGACAGAAAAGAACAGGAAAAUCAUGUGUGCAACAACGAAGACGUGGAACAUGCAGGGGGAAGCUGUGUGAUACAAUAUUGGACUGGGAAGCUAAUCUACCAUACGAUGACCUCUUAGCAGCUGAACAGCAAUCAAGACAGUCAGACCUCUCCUUAUGUCUCGGCACAUCACUCCAGAUUCUUCCAAGUGGAAAUCUUCCAUUGAUAACUAAAAAGAAUGGUGGCAAAAUAGUAAUUGUCAAUUUGCAAAAAACCAAACAUGAUAAGAAAGCAGAUUUGAAAAUCAACUAUUAUGUUGACGAAGUCAUGAAAAGAGUGAUGAAAAUGCUAGGUUUAGAAAUACCAGCGUACAAAGGAUUCCACCCAGAAAACGAUCCAAGACUGUGCAAUAGUGUCUUGAAAACAGAGGAUAGUGAUGAGGAGAGUUCUGAGGAUGAAAUUGAAGACAAGAGUACAGUAAAACUAGAAGAUAGAGGUACCAGUAAAUUAGAGAAAACUAAAAAUUCUCAAAGCAAUGGUGAACAUAUUACAGAAUUUAUGGAAGGUUCGACACAAAAACUUGAAAAUUUAAAACGGGAACCUCUGAAUGAUGCUGAAAAAUUUAGUUUAGAUAUAGACAAAGGUGGUCAAAAUGAUAAAGAAGAUAGCAUCUCUGACGUCAAGAGGCAAAAACUUGACGUGAAUAUGUGAAUAGGUGGGGCAGUUCUUACUAUAUUUAAACUAAUAUGGAAUUGAACUGAAAAUGGGAAAAUUAGCUGGGAAAUGGGUGUUUUUUAUGAGAUAUAUUCGUGACUGUUCGAGCAUCUAUUCUUAUUCAUACUUCAUUCAUUCAUUCAUUCAUUCAUUUUGACUUGGAAACAAUCUGUGGUACCAUAGGGCAAUUUCGAUACAGCUGAUGUUUGAUAUGAAUAUAUUUUUCAAGUUCUCAUUCAUAUUUCUUUCAUUCAUUUCUCAUUUCAAAGCUAAAAAAUAUAUGUAACACAGGCCUUGUUACUGCUGAUGUUCCAGUCUCAAUAGAGAUACGCUUUUCUAACUUUCAUUCGUUUUUCAUUUUUAUACAAUUUCAAAACAAUUGUGGUUAAACAAUGACCACCUGUCGAAGGGAAGCUUUAUUUAUUUAUUUGCAAGAGUAAGGAACAAAAAUAUGUAAUUUCAGAAUUUUUCCAAUGAAUAAGCUUGUCAAAUCCCAGAGCACUUAGCCAUUGAGCCGUUGACAUGAAAUUGACAUGUUUGUUUCCUAAGAAUUGCAAAUUUCUAACAAUGUAUUUAAGAUGUCAUAAAAUAUGAUUCUACUUUCGCUAAUUUUUCAUUAAUUGCUUUUAUCGUGACUCCCAAGAUCACAGCAUCAAUGGAUGUAAUUAGAGCUAUUUAACCAAAUAUUUAAUCAUCUUGACAUGUGCAUUUGACAUGGUUUUCAAAUAGUCAUAUCAUUGUCACUCCUUAUCCAAGAGCUGCUGUCAUAGAAAAUAGAUUUUUACCAAAAAUUUUCGUGUUUCGACCCGAUAAACCUGUUAAGGCUACAAAAGCAAGGUAUUUUUUUUCGUUUGUUUGUUUGUGUUUGUCAGUUUUGUGUCUGAAAAAUUUCACCUUUCAAAAUAUACCCCAUAUUUCUAGGUAUGAAUAAUAACACGAUGAUUGCAAUAUACUACGUUAUAGGUGAUACUCAACCACGCAAUUCGUCAUUUACUGAGUUAUUUUUGUGGACGCCUACAGAAGAUCUACAAAUAUGGUUACGCCAUAGCGCUGUGACCAUCAACAUACCUCAAAAGGCGCUUGCGUAGUCCACACCAUGAAAAAUAACUGCGUCAUUAGACAGUUUUGGAAAUAUGUGUUACGCCAUUCUUGAGACAUGUUGCUUAGCGGUUGCGUGAGGGGGUGUAAUCAUGUUUACAUCAUAUUAAUCUUAACCUCUCAAAUCACAAGUACAACCCUUAGUAACAAGUACAAAUAUUGAGGUGUAUGUUGAGCAUCGGUAUUGUAAACCAGAGUUCUGUUUUGAAAGUUUUUGUCCAUUGUUUGAUUCCUUGAAGCAUUCCUAAAGCCCCAUUUACACUGGCGAUUUUUGCUGCAUUUUGUGUGGCAAUUUUCGGAAAUAUGAAAUCUUUUGUCUCACCCUUCAAAAGAGACAUUCGUCUAGGAAAAUCCUGGUAUCCUGAAAAAACUUUACAAGUAAAUUCUUUACCCUUAUUUAUUAUGGACAAAAUCGCAACAAAAACAAAAAAACAAAAAUCGCCGCAAAAAUCGCUAGUGUAAACGGAGUUUUAAAGAGCCAUAGGCGCGAUUGCAUGGAGCAUUGGAGCGUGUAACCUACAGCGCAAUUCAAAAGUAGAAUUCGUUCCUACUUUUGGCAAAGAUCGCGUCUCUGUUGCACCGUGUAGAUACUUUUGCAACUUGUGUCGCAACAUUAUUGGGGAAACUACUAUGUGUAAUCGCGCCUUUAAAGAUGUUGGUCGCGUACGAGCCAGGCGGCGAUGACGUAAUGUGCAAACGCGGAAUUUUGUUAAAGAAGUUCCCAAGAUAGCAAAAACAAAACAACUCCUUUUCUCUACUUUAAUAUUUUUAUUUUAACUUUAUUUUUUUUAUCAUUAAGUUUAUUUUAGCAGAUAAAUGUAAACUGUGGGCUGCAUUUGGAGUAUAAAUUUCCCAGUAAGUAUCGAUAUUUACAGCUUUUUUUCUACAGCAGAUUUCGUUUGAGUAGAAAAUUGACGACAAUUUGACAAUCAAAUGGCUUUCUCUCUUGUAUGGUCCAAUCAAAAUGUGAGAAAAAGCCUAGCAACCAGUCACAGCGCUCGCACCAUGAUUUUAAAAUGGCUUCGUCUCUGGACCAAUAAGAGAGCGGAAAGAAUUACACACCGACCAAUCACAGUGUUCGAAAUAUGACUUUCGAUAAUUCUCGCUUUGAAUCAAUCAGAAAGCCUUUCAAUCAGAGUAACGCUCGUUUUCGACUCAAACGAAAUUGCUUAAUCUAUUUGUUUUUGUGGUAUUUGUUAGAAUUUUCCCAAAGUUCUUUAAAAACGAUAAAAAUUAUUUAUCACUGGCCGAUAAACCCGUUAGCUGAUAGAAAAAGCUUGUCAUAGAAUAAUAUAACAAGGUAUAAAACUAUUCACAAAUAUCAGCAUAAGAAAAGUAAGCCGCUUCUUGCAGUAACUUGUUUAAUCUUUUUUCUAAUUUUUUCAGUAUUCUUAUUUUUGUUUAUAAAGUAUCGUUAAUAAAGUGUUUUCUUUUGGUUAGAAAGAUGACUUGGUCGAUCGGAACUCGCCUCAGUGGUUCUCGACCAAGGCACAGUAAUUUUCGGGAUUUUGUUUUGUUUUGCGUUGCUUUGAGCAGGAUUAACAAGGCUUCCCUAUGUGCUAUGCGCAGAUUCUAAUUACAUAUGUAGGACCUGGAAUUUUAAGCAGUUAUGAUUCUGCCCAGGGUCUCAUGCCUUAGUAGUAUCGUACAUGUCACGUGACUAUGCGUUAUGUCACGUGACCAUGCUAUAAGUCACGUGACUAUUAGAUAUAGAUAUCUCUUGCUAACCCACUUUGCAGCCCAGUGAAUAUUUCGAUUCUAAAAUCGUCAAAUAAACUGACUUCCAAGCUAGAGAUUGAA